UAUUCAUCUUUGAUCUUUUGGAUCGUUACGGACGACUCAAAUUACGUAAAAUGUUAUUGGCAUUGAUUGAUUCUCUUUUAUUGAGUCAUCAUAUACGGUCCUGAGAGACUGUAGUCCUAAGUAUCGAUAGGGAUGAUGUGAUUGAUAUUUUUUCAAUGUAAAUUCUUUAUAGAUCAAAUGCUUGACUGUUGAUCCGAGCAUUUAAUAAAAAAAUUACUUUCAUAGGAAAACGAUAUUAUUUUAGAUUGUUAUCAGAUUUUAAUUGGCGUUAGAUACGUUAUCGUUGUGAGUAGUAUAGUGAAAUCGUAUUGACUUAUCCUAACCCUAAUUGUCGUGUGAAUUCGAUGAACACGUGAUGACAUUUGUGAAUUUUAAGCAUAACACGUUGCCGAUUCCUCUUGUCAGCUCGACAGUGAAAAUCAGAUUGGAAAAGUACUCUACUUCUUACAGUAUUAAUAAAGUCCUGAGUAAUAGCAACAGCUAUUAAUUACAAAUAUGACUUCUCAAUAUACAUGCAUUACAUGCCGUGUGGCAUUUAGAGAUUUAGAAAUUCAAAGGCAGCAUUACAAGUCAGAUUGGCAUCGAUAUAAUUUAAAGAGGAAGGUCGCUGAAUUACCUCCUGUCACGUCUGAAGAGUUUCAAAGAAGAGUGAUUGCUCAGCGUGGUAAACAUGAUCAAAUGAAGCAAGAACAGUCUAUAAGUUGUAAAGCAUGCAGAAAGAAUUUCAAUACCAAAAAUCAGUAUGAAAAUCAUAUACUGUCAAAGAAACAUAAAGAAAAAGUACAGAAAAUAGAAAAUUCCUCAGUGGAAACAACAGAAAAUGUAAUGCCUGAUGACUCCGAAAAAUCCAAUACUAAGAGUAAUGAAAUAAGAGCACAGUCUAAGGAUAACAAAAGUACCACUGAUGAUAUGGAAAUUGAUUCUGAUGUGGAGUCUAUAGAUUCCGAUGAAUGGCUUGAAGAUACUGAAAAUCCUGUAGGAAACAAUGACUGUCUGUUUUGCAAUCAUCAUAGUCGAUCUUAUGUGAGAAAUCUCAAGCAUAUGACAUUAGCUCAUACAUUCUUCAUUCCUGAUCCUGAAUAUUGCAUAGACAUAAAGGGUUUACUUGUAUACUUGGGAGAAAAAGUAUUUGCAGGCUACAUGUGUCUCUGGUGCAAUGACUCUGGAAGAGCAUUUCAAAGUGCUGAUGCAGCAAGAGCACACAUGAUUGACAAAGGUCACUGUAAGAUGUUGCACGAGGGUGAAGCUUUAGCCGAAUAUGCAGAGUUCUAUGAUUAUUCGUCAAGUUAUCCAGAUGCAGAGCAAGGAGAUCCUGAUGCAGAAGUUGAAAUACCAGAACUGGAAGAUAGCGAUUAUCAACUAGUUUUACCUUCAGGCUCUGUCAUUGGACACCGUUCCCUGAUGAGAUACUAUAAGCAAAGCUUAAAUCCCAACAGAGCCGUGGCCAUACCAAAAAGUGAGAAGCUCCGAAGAGUACUUUCUCACUACAGAGCUCUCGGCUGGACUGAGACACAACAUGAAUUGGCCUCAAGAAAGGCACGGGAUAUUAAGUACAUGCAGAAGAUUCAGUCCAAGUAUUCCACGCAGUUGCAAUUUAAAGCAAAUAAAUUCCAGCGGCAUUUCCGUCCGCAAGUCAACUUCUAGAUUUCACUUGACAUACAUUUUUAGCAGCGUAAAGAUAAUGCCGUCUACAAUUUGUUAGAUUUUUUUUCCAUUGUAAGCUUUACCUAACUUAUAUAUGAAUCAUUCGACUACUAUUUCUAAAUAAUAAUCAACUUAAUAAAGUACAUAUGUCCUGCCGUAUAUGCAUUGUUAUUCAAUAAAUAUACUUACUUCGGA